CAAAGCACGGUAUAGUGCAGCAGUGGGGGCUGGUGGCUAAGCUCCUCUAGCCCAAGGACAAGCAGAGUGCUGCAGCUCUGCAAGCAAGUGCAGUGUUUGUCCCAAAGCACUCAGCAGAAAAAGCACCACAGGUCAACGCACAUCAAAUCAGACAACGCUGAAAUCUGGUGGAUUGCGUCAGGGUGACUCGUCGUCAGCCAUCUAUAUUUUUCUGCUGGGGCUCGAAAAAGUAGCAAGCAGGACAGGGAGGAGAGGACAAGGACCUGAGAGUACACAGAGGAACAGCCCAGGAGCUGACAGAGGAGGAGUUUUAUCAGGCUCUGUAUACUGACACUGGGUGUGCAAUCUACUACUGUUUGCUAAGCUCACUUGCUUUGAGCAGAAGACCUAACCAGCAUGACUUGUGAGAACUAACAGCGUGAGGGGACUUCAUACAGACUGUACACCUGUGUCCCCAGAGCACAGCUGGAUGUCCCAUUCUGCCCCCAGCCAUCUAUCUCCGCUCUUACUGCACGGUGAUGAUCAGUAAGGUCAAAGCGGCUGUAUCAGGGCUGGUGGGGUCGCUGUCCAACAAGCACAGUGCUCUGCCCAGCCCCUGUACCCCUGAGAAGGAGCCCCCCGUCGCCGCCGCCGCUGUAGCAAAACCUCAGCCCCCCUGCAGACCCCCAUUCUUGAAGUUGUCUUCGGAGGAGUUCCACAAAUUGGGCGACCACAAUAGCAGGAUUGUUCUGACUCUAAAAUCCAAUGAAGAGCUGUACUGGAGCACUGGCUACGCUGAAGUGAUUAAUGCUGGGAAGAGUCAACACAAUGAAGACCAGGCUUGUUGCGAAUUUGUGACUGUAGAAGAAAGAGGCAGUGGAUUAAAUAGCAAAUGCAAUGAAUCAGAGAACUCUGAUGUACAUACAGAUACUAAGAUCAGCAAUGGAUUAUCUUUCUAUUACUGGGGACUUUUUGAUGGUCACGCAGGAUAUGGAUGCUCUUUGACAUCAUCAAGGCUUCUUCAUCUUCACAUUUGUGAUCAGCUAAGAGACCUUGUGCAUAUUCUCCAGCAACCUACAAUUGCUGCUCCUCUGUGUCUAGAAAGUGGCACAAAGAAUGAGAGUGCUUCAAAUACACCGACUCAGGAGAAAACAGAACCCCCUCUAGAGACUGCAUUACGUUUCCACCUUGAAAAACAAGUGUUUCCUGAAAGUCUUGUAAUUGGUGCACUGGAAAAUGCUUUCAGGCAAAUGGAUGAACAAAUUGAAAGAGAGAGAACCUCAAAUAGUAUAGAAGGAGGCUGCUGUGCACUUGUUGCAAUCUGUUUGCUGGACAAACUGUAUGUAGCCAAUGCUGGGGACAGCAGAGCCAUUAUCAUCCAACAGGGGGAAACCAUUCCGAUGUCGCAAGAGUUCACUCCGGAAACAGAAAGGCAAAGAUUGCAGUUCCUAGCUUCCUUAAAGCCAGAUCUGUUGGGAAAUGAAUUUACAUGCCUCGAUUUCCCCAGAAGAAUACAGCAGAAAGAAAUCAGGAAACGGAUUCUGUAUCGAGACCACACCAUGACAGGCUGGGCUUAUAAAACAAUUGAAGAAGAUGAUAUGAAGUUUCCUCUUGUUUAUGGAGAAGGCAAAAAGGCUAGGGUUAUGGCCACCAUUGGAGUAACACGUGGAUUUGGAGAUCAUGACCUUAAAGUAUAUAACUCAAAUAUCUACAUCAAGCCAUUCUUAUCUUCUGUGCCUGGAGUAGAAGUCUAUGACCUCUUAAAAUGUGAGCAUGGUCCCGAUGAUGUUGUGGUAAUGGGUACAGAUGGACUAUGGGACGUCAUUACUGACAAUGAAGUGGCAGAAAUUGUUCAAAGAGUGCUUGCAUCUCAUGGGCCUGAUGAGCCAAGCAGAUAUAACCUUGCUGCACAAGAGCUUGUUCUUCGGACAAGGGGAGUUCGGAAAGAGAGUGGCUGGAGGCUACCAAAUGGAAAGCUUGCCUCUUUGGAUGACAUUUCCGUCUUUGUUAUUCCGCUGAAUGGUGAACGGAGCAACUGAACAAUGGAAAACAGAGGAUGACGUGUUUAUAAUGAUAAGAGUGGGCACAUGGACGGUGCAUUACCUCGACGGCAUAUUCUGGAAGCACAGCAAAUGCAAAGCACUUUAACAUAAAACCCUUUUCCCAAAGACUCAGUUUAUCAAGCUUAUAUUUUCUUAUUUAAAUGUAUGUUACAUGUUUGCAACUGCUUGCAGUCAGCCUUAUUAAAAGCACAUGGAUUACAUGGCAAAUGUAAGGAAAUUCUAAAAAGUAAAGAACAAGCUGACUUCUUAAUAAAGAAUCAUCAUGUUUAUAGUAAAA